AUGUCAAUCAGAUAUAUCAGUCAGAAGCUUGCUCAGCAGAUCGACGAAGAGUUGAUGUCCGCCUCAGGAGCAUUCUCACUCGAUCAGUUGAUGGAGCUAGCCGGUCUAUCAUGCGCUCAAGCCUUGUCCAAGAGUUAUUCCGUGGAAUCACAUAAGAGGGUGAUGGUAGCUUGUGGACCAGGUAAUCAGGGAGGAGACGGUCUAGUAGCUGCUCGUCAUCUACAUCAUUUCAAAUACAAACCUACCAUCUAUCUUCCCAAACCCGGCUCGAAAGAUAUAUACAAGAGGCUGUUGAAGCAAUGUGAGAAUCUGAAUAUACCCGUAUUGAAGGAUGUAGAGGAAUUUAAGGAUGGGUUGAAGGAAAGUGAUGUUAUAUUGGAUGCUAUCUUUGGCUUCUCAUUCUCACCUCCAUUGAGAGAACCAUUCGACCAAGUUCUCAACGCCAUCACAUCCACCACUAUCCCCAUCGUCUCAGUGGACAUACCAUCCGGAUGGUCAGUGACAGACGGUCCCCAACCCUUAUACACCGAGAAAGACAGUACUCAGACAAUCAAGACUUUCGAGCCGGAGGUGUUGGUCAGUCUGACAGCUCCUAAAGAGGGUGUGAGGAAUUUCAAGGGGAGACAUUGGUUGGGUGGUAGAUUUGUUCCUGAUGACCUAGCAAACAAAUUCGAAUUGAAUAUCCCUGAAUAUCCCAGCGUGGAUCAGGUUGUAGAACUUCCCAGUGCUAGGCAGCCUUCAAAACAGUAG